AUGGCUUGCAUUGUCCUCCUAGACAGUGCCCCUCCUCUACCUAUAGUAACAGCCAUGGCCAAUGCAAUGUUGUAUGAGGAGAAUCUCCAUAUUGCCAGCUUUGUGUACUCUCACAUGUUGGCUAUAACAAAGAACAGGGACCCUGCAUACUAUACCCUGUCUUCUUAUUGCCUCUUGGCCCUCAAAAUUCUGGAAUCCAGGCUUAAUGAACUGACCUCCCCUUUCAACAAGGCUCUGUAUUUUCCCCUUUUCAACACUUUUCUAAACAAUGGAUUUACUGCCAAAUUCUUCAUGUCUGGUGACAAUAGAUAUCCUUCAACUAUGACCUGGCGAGCAGAUGUUACAUUUCCCCAUACCAAGGUUGACCUGGUAGAGAUUGCACUGCAAGUUCAAGGUCUAGAUAAAUUGUUUGAGGAACCAGUUAGCCAGUCUGACCAAUACGCUACCAAGCAGAAGAUCAAAGAUACCCAAGACAAGUUUCCAGCAUACCAAGAACUAACUGCCAAACAGCUCUCCGUUGGUAUGUCAGUCAAAUUUCUAGGAAACCACAUUAUGUAUUUACAUUCUUCAGAAAUGGAUCAACAUUUGAAGGCAGAAGAGUUUAGAUCAGCUAUGAUUAAGGCCUUGAUGAAAAUUGCUGAAAUGUGCGUCAAAUCGAUCAACGCUCAGUUGAGCCAUUACGUCAUUCUAGAUAUGGGGCAGAUUCUUCCUACAGCUCCUGGUUUACCAUUCAAAAUAAAUCUUAAUGCUGUCUUGGGAGCAGAUGUAACCUGGAAAGCAAAAUCAGAAAUAUUUCAGGAUGAUCUCACAGCAGGCAAAAUACAAGCACAACUUGACAACAAAUUUCUUGUCCAUGGUCAGGGAAGUUUGACCUGGGGAAUUAUGGAAGACUCUUUCCAGAAUGGAAUAGAAAUAUCCGCCAACAUCCAUUCAGAUACUGCGCUCAAAAUGAAUGUUUCACUGGACAUGCCACAAAACAGAUUUAAAGUAGAAAUUGAUAAUCUUCAGGAGAAGCAUAAUGCACUGAUUGUAAGCCAUAAAGCACAGGCUGUAGCAAGGUGCCAAAGUACUGAGGAAACGGCUCCAAUUAUUCCCGACCCAGUUGACGUUGAAGAAUGGGAUGAAGAAACUGGCAAAGGCAACAUCAAACAACAAUCUGAAAGUAGCCAAAAACCUCAAGACCUUUGGGACAGUUGCAUGAAUUUAAGUUUCUUGCCAAUAAACGCGUGCGGGAAAACUACCAAUACAGGAGGAUAUGUGCCUUACCAGAGAACAGCGCUGCAUUUGUUAUGCGCAAGACAUGAAAUGAAGUUUUGGCUUGAACCAGAAAGUGGUUUGACUAAGAUCGUAAUGGAUGCCAACUUAGACUCUGCAAAAAUUAGGAUGAGAAGAGAACUGGUACCUGAAGAAGAAGAAGAAGUGAAAGGAGAAAAACAGGAGGCUAAUAUCAAAGAUCAGAAGAGGCCAGUCCAGGAAGGUCAGAAGAGGCCAGUCCAGGAAGGUCAGAAGAGACCAGUCCAGGAAGGUCAGAAGAAGCCAGUCCAGGAAGGUCAGAAGAAGCCAGAUCAGGACACCACCUCUUCCUCUGACUCUGCUUCUGGGGUGAAAAAGGGACGAGACCAAAAGAAAGGUGGUGCCAGCAGCAGCAGCUCCACCUCCAGCAAGGACAGCAAGGAUACCAUUGAAAGCAGCAGCAGCAGCAAGGACAGCAGCAGCAGCCAGUCCCAACAGAGUGAAACAAAGGGUUCUUCCCAGAGCCAAUCUAGUGAGAGUUCUUCCAGCAGCAGUGACAGCAGCGACAGAAGCAGCAGCAGCGACAGCAGCAGUGACGGUAGUAGCAGCAGCAGUGACAGCAGCAGCAGCAGCAGCAGCAGUGAUAGCAGUGAAAGCAGCAGCAGCAGUGACAGCAGCAGUAGCAGCAGCAGUGACAGAAGCAGUAGCAGCAGCAGUGACAGAAGCAGCAGCAGCAGUGACAGUAGCAGCAGCAGUGACAGAAGCAGUAGUAGCAGCAGUGACAGCAGCAGCAGUGACAGCAGCAGUGACAGCAGCAGCGACAGCAGCAGCAGCAGUGACAGCAGCAGCAGUAGCAGUGACAGCAGCAGCAGCAGUGACAGCAGCAGCAGGAGCAGUGACAGCAGCAGCAGCAGUGACAGCAGCAGGAGCAGUGACAGCAGUAGCAGCAGCAGCAGUGACAGCAGUAGCAGCAGCAGUGACAGUAGUAGUGACAGCAGCAGCAGUAGCAGCAGCAGUGACAGCAGCAGUAGCAGCAGUGAAAGCAGCAGCAGCAGUGAUAGCAGCAGUAGCAGGAGCAGUGACAGCAGCAGCAGCAGCAGUGACAGAAGCAGUGACAGCAGCAGCAGCAGUGACAGCAGCAGCAGCAGUGACAGCAGCAGUGAUAGCAGCAGCAGCAGCAGCAGCAGCAGCAGUAGUAGUAGUGACAGCAGCAGCAAGAGCAGCAGCAGUGAGGAUAGCACCACCGAGAGCAAAAGCAGUGAGAGCAGCAGUGAGAGCAGCAGUGAGAGUAGUGAGUGCGAUGACGAUUCCAAGCAGGGAUUUCCAAAAGAGAUUCAUCAAUAUUCUUUCCGAUCUGUGAAGAAACAGAAGCCAGGAAAACAAUCUGAUGAUCCUUCUGAUUCUGACUCUCAGCUGGAAUACAAAAGAAAAGGAGACAUCAUUGGUGAACAAAACAUAAAAGACUCUGCGAUGAAGCCAGUGGCUACCAUAAAUUUACGCUACAGAUAUCGUAAUAAGCAAGAAGGUGGACAUGAUAUUGUAGUGCGCAAAGGUUUCUCUGCAGUUAAAGUGACAGUGCAAGACAUCAGACGUCCAGCCAGUCCAGUGGUAUGCUUCACCCACGUGGAGGACGGUCCUUAUAGAACAAUGACAACUCUGAGAGCUGGUGAGAACUGCAGAGACUACAAUGUUUCAUUCGAAGUACAGACCGGUUUCUUUGCUAAUAGACCAGCUCUUCAGGCAAAAUUUAAGUACCCUAAGGUUUCUGAGGGAUUUCUUAUGAUUAUGAAUCAAUUUCUUAAAUUGGGCCCUGGGUUCGCCUACCUAGCAGACUUCUCUCACAAACUCCAAAAGAAUCCUCCUCAAGAAAUUACAGUGAUUAUGGCUCUAAAACGUCCAAACGAAUGUAUCAUGGUCAUGAAAUUGCCAGAAGAUGUCCUCUACAAUGACAACUGCAGACUUCCUUAUUCAGUUCCAAUGGAUCCCAAAGCCAAAACUUCAAAAAUUGCUGAUAUUCCAAAAUUGCUUCUUGCUACUCGGAAUGGUGUUUGUACAGUAAAAGACAAGACAAUUACAAGUUUCAACAAUGAAAUCAUUACAAAAGGAUUGCCUGACGACUGUUUCAUAAAUGUAUUGGGAGAUUGUACUUGUAACAAGAAGCUGAUAGUGUUGAUGAAAUAUGAGACCAAAUACAAUAAUAGUCUUCUAAUUGAAAUCCAUACACAUAACAUUAUAUGUACCAUGAAGAUGCGUGAUGGUGAGCUCAUUCUAGAUGUAAAUAGCACUAGGAUACGGGAUGGAGUUCUCCCUCGUGCCCUGAAACAUUUGCCUCUUCGGUUCAGAGAAACAGCAACUGAGCUGGAGUUUCACAUGUCCGAAGUUGGAUUAGAAAGAGUGAAAUACACAGGACAUUCUGCCAUGGUAUUGUUAUUAUUAUAUAUUACUGUCAUUAUUACAGAAUAUUUAAAGUUGUGUUUUGUUGUUUCAGAAUGUAUUUAUGAUGUUUCAUUUCUUUUCAUGUUCAUAAAAAAAUAUAUAUUUUUUUAUCUUUUUGUGAAGUUUGAAGUCAAUACCUUGAUAGAAAAUUCAUGUGGUCUCUGUGGAUGGUAUGGUUCAGAAGCAAAGAAGUUCCGGAGACCAAGUGGCCACAUAGCCACAGAUGAAGUGAGCUUUGUUCAGUCCUGGGUGGUCCCUGAUAAAUGUGGUGGAGACUGUAAACUGCGACACACAACAGUGAGACAUGAGAAUCCAAAGUUAAUGGGACAAGAAAAUCCAGAAUGUGCUACCAAUCUUCCUGUCGCACGCUGUGCUGAAGGCUGCUCAGCCACCAGUACUACCAAAACCUUAGCUAGCUUCCAUUGUGUGCCAACUGGAUCAACCUUGCCUACUGACCUGACCAUACUGAUGGAAAAGCCUGGAGAUUUUGAAGACUCGAUUGAAUCUCACACAUCCUGUUCUUGUAAACAGGAACAAUGUGCUGCAUAAGCCUUCAACUGAGUAGACUCAGUGUAUCUUCUCUUGUAUGCUGUGGGGGCUGAUAUGUCAAUUCUAGGCUACUACACAGUUGUUAAUUAAAUUAUUUUAAGAACCCUACUGUACCCUCUUAAAUAAUCCAAUUUUUCCUAAAGUAAAUCUCAGCCUUAUUCCAAUAUAACAAAGUCAACUCUAAAUGAAACAGAUAAUUUUCUAAUAAACAUUUGCAUUCCAAAAGA